AUGCAAACCGAAAUUUUAAUACAAAUUGCCGAUGGCAACUUUGAGGUGACGUUAGCUACGAAAGCCACCUUAAAUUACACGGGUCGCGUAGAUUGGAAACCCCCAGCCAUUUACAAGUCUUCCUGCGAGAUCGACGUCGAAUAUUUUCCCUUCGACGAGCAGACGUGCGUUAUGAAGUUCGGAUCCUGGACUUACGAUGGCUUUCAGGUGGAUCUACGACAUCUGGACGAAAUGAAGGGAUCUAACGUGGUGGACAUUGGCAUCGAUUUGACUGAAUUCUACACAUCUGUCGAAUGGGAUAUCUUAGAAGUUCCUGCAGUUAGAAAUGAAAAGUUUUAUACGUGCUGUGAUGAACCGUACCUUGACAUAACUUUCAACAUAACGAUGAGAAGAAAGACGCUCUUCUACACCGUCAACCUGAUCAUUCCUUGCAUGGGCAUCUCUUUCCUCACCGUACUUGUGUUCUACCUACCCUCUGACAGCGGCGAAAAAGUGAGUUUAUCGAUCUCCAUUCUCUUGUCGCUGACUGUAUUCUUCCUCCUUCUUGCUGAGAUUAUUCCUCCCACUUCGCUUGUGGUGCCUUUACUUGGCAAGUUUGUGUUAUUUACGAUGAUUUUGGAUACGUUCAGGUAA